GUGCUGCUCCUGGUCAUUCAGCCACUUAGUCCCAGCAUUGUGGACAUAGCUACCAGAAGUCUGUUCUGAAGGGUCAUCUCACUGACACUGUCUCUGUGUUCUGCAGAAGCCUUUGUAAGUCAUUUUUAGGGGAAAAUGUUGGAGCCAGGUGGAGAGUCUGACCACCCAGCCUGAACCUUGUGAGGUCCAGAAAGGACUAUGCUGCUGUUUCCGUGGCUCCUUGUCCUUCUCCUGUGUGUGGUGAGAGAUUGCUGCUCAGAAGUAAAAGCCUGUGAGGAUGCCCAGAAGACAUGUUCUGUGGUUGUCUGCGGGAUCCCUGUCACCAAUGGCACCCCAGGCAGAGAUGGACGAGAUGGACCCAAAGGGGAGAAAGGAGACCCAGGUCAAGGGCUCAGAGGCUUGCAGGGGCCUCCAGGAAAGUUAGGGCCUCCAGGGAAAACAGGCGGUUCUGGUCCUUCAGGAUCCAAAGGCCAAAAAGGAGAACGUGGAGACAGUUCUGUUGCUGAGAGUAAGCUGGCUAACUUAGAGAGGGAAAUAAGAACCCUGAAAUCGGAACUGAAUUCCAUCAGAAAACUGCAAGGCUUCUCUUUGGGCAAAAAGUCUGGGAAGAAGUUCUACGUGACCAAUGGUGAAAAGAUGAGCUUUGCCAAGGUGAAGGGUCUGUGUGCAGAGCUUGGGGGCACUGUGGCCACUCCCAGGAAUGCUGAAGAGAACAAAGCUGUCCAAGAGGUGGCUAAGGACAACGUCUUCCUGGGCAUCACGGAUGAGGUGACUGAAGGCCAAUUCAUGUACGUGACAGGAGGGAGGCUGGCCUACAGCAACUGGAAGAAAGAUGAGCCUAAUGACUAUGGCACAGGGGAGGACUGUGUCAUUCUGAAGACUGAUGGGACGUGGAAUGACAUCACCUGCACAGCUGCCUUCUUGGCUGUCUGUGAGUUCUCAGCCUGAAGCAGCUCCUUCCUCAGUCGUUGGUCCUUGGUCCUUAGUCUCUUUCCUGGCUUUUUGCUGAGCUCUUUGCUCCUUUGAAAGAGAAUCUAGUGAUAGCUUUCCAUUGCCUAAUGUUAAGCAUUUCCUUUAUGGGGUGGAGGGAAGGGUACUAUUUAGCCUCUGGAUGAAGAAGUAAAGAGAAACUAAUAAUAGGGUGAGGAAUUUGGUCAGCCCAAGGUGGGCUACACUGCUGUGCUAGCUAUGCAGCCCCAACCCAUGGAAAAGCAUUCUGUAGUUAAUAAGUGCUUGAUGAAGAUUUGUUGACUGGAUAUAUUUUAAAAAUUACAAAUGAAUGAACUGAUUGGCUAAUGAGAAGUGACUAUGGACAGCACUUUCUCCAGCCAGGUGGUCUCCUGUUGCAAGACUCUUCAGGAAGGAGUGGGGCAGCAGGGUGGAGGUGGCAGGAAUUUGGCCCUGCAUCUCUAGCACACCAAGACUGUCACAUGAUUGAGUUUUCAGUCCCACAAAGCUCUUGUUGAGGUGCUAUACUUGGGGGCUGGGAGAAAGUACUUUUGUGAUGAAUGAGGCUCUUCUUCUAAUUCAGACCCACACUGCUUGCCAAAGGCAUGGGAAACUGCUUAAAAUUUAGAAGCAUCCAUGAAACCCUAGAUUAAGGCAAAUAGGAGAAGGAUGGGCUAGAAGCUUUACACAAAGGAGGAAGCUGAUCUAGACCAAAGGUGACCAAAGAUGACCCAGAAUAACAGAGUUACUAUGACCAAGCACAAGACUUUCUUUCACCUGAAUUUCCUCAUAGUCAAGAAAAAGAUGAGGAAAUUGACAGGUUGCUCUCACAUACGUCUUAUGGAAGGGGGAAUGUAUUCUGGGAUGAAUCCCUCCCUUUGCACACUGUGACAAAGGACAUUGUCUGCAGCUGUAAAAAUGCAGAAGACUGAGUUUCUCUCCCAGCAUUAGGGAAAGGGAGACACAGAUGUCAGGGCAAGCACAGGUCUUUCAUCCCUUUACCUCCCCCCCAACCCCAGGUGGCUUUGGUUUGCUCCUUCUCCAACCUCCACACCAUCCCAUUCCUUUAUCACUAGCCUUAUGCCCUCUCAUGCCCUUCUCCAUAUUGCCCAGGCACUGCCCUUUCUCCCCCACUCAUGACCUCACCCUUUAUCACUGGCCUUAUGCCCUCUCAUGCCCUUCUCCAUAUUGCCCAGGCACUGCCCUUUCUCCCCCACUCAUGACCUCACCCCAUGUUCUGCCCCUUGGAGAUGAUUUUCUCAUUCCUUCUCCUUGCCUACGCAGGGUAGAAGGCUCCUCCAUAAGCUGGAUCCUGGGCAGGGCUUGUUCUUACACCUGACGAUCCUACCAGAACUGCUGCCACACACAGGUGCUAUUCUGACUUCAAGCUAGGAUUGAGACAAACUGCCUUCCUAGCUUCAUUUCCCAAUUCUGCCAGUUUUCCUGGGAAAAACUGAGCUAAUGAAAAUACAAGAUUCUUUUUGUGCCUAUGUACAGAGAGAGAAGCCAAAGUCAUGGCUCCAAGCACCCUGUGAGAGAAGCUAGUAUUCAGAAGUCUGCAUCCUGGGCUCCAACCCUGUGACCAUGCCUUUGGAGCAGAAACCAGGGUUCCUGAACCACCUUAGCAUUGAAGGAGUGAGGGCCUGGGGUCUGGGAGCGUCAGAGUCUGGAAGCAGAAAGAGGUUGGCUCCUCCCUACACACCAAGUGCUUUCCUUGCUUUCUUUGUUUGUACCUUAGUUUCUGAGGCUUCUUUUUAAAAGCUGCACAAGUCAGUGGCCGACUGUGGACUACCCAGGGGCAGAGCUGGGAGAUCUGAGGACUGUUCUCAAUUUCUGUUGCCCAUCAGUUGUUUGCAAGCUAAUUGUGGGUUAAGUAUGUAUCAGUUGUUUGUGAAUCUUAUAGGAAGCCAGGCAGGGAAUGUCAGAAAGGCAAGUUGCUGAGCUGGGGACUUUGACUUAAGUUAGUCUGCAAGUCAGCUUUGUGGAGGUACAGACAUAGCCAAGGUGACUGUUACUUACUUCAUGUCACACAGCAAAAACAGCUACCAAAGCUUUUGACAUUCAAGGCCCUGGUGUUGGCAUAGGUUCUAGGCCCUAGAAUCCUGAGGUUUUGUUCCUAAGGAAUGUCUUUCUUUAGAGUCUCACAAGUCUUCUGCUGAUAAUGUGCUAUGGCCAAGCCAGAGCUGGACAGAGUAUCAACUGGAGGCCCAGUAUUACAUCUGUGAAACCUCCAUCCCUCCCUGUGAUCAGCCAGCAUCAGCAAUCAGACCCUGGUUGCAUGUGUCAUAGUACAGCCUGUGACCCAGAAGGUUGUUUGCUUAUUGUGUAAAUUAAAUAGUCUGUGCUUUGGAAACUUCCAGGAAUGAGGAAUCUCCACCUCCCACUAACCAGAAAAGGCUCAGAUGUCAUGAGGGGCCUGGGUUGGAGAUGUUGGGCAGCGGGCUUUGUAAAGUGGUGGCAGAUUGCUGGGAAGGUGGGAGGUGCUUAGGGUGCUAGAGUCUGUUUGGGAAGGAGCACUCCCAACACAGAUGGCAGCCUGUGUGGGAGGAGGCUGUGGCCCUAGGUUGGAACCACUCUUGUUCAGGCAAACACAAGUGUUAGGCUUCAAAGAAAUGUGCAGGUAGCCACUGCUUAACCAUACAGAUGCCUUGGACUGGGCUUCCACUCCAGACCAAAGCCAGCCUGACUUAUUCCAGCUCUUCAGAAUAGUGAGUGGAAGAACUUACUAGAACACUUGAUAAAUUCAUAUGACACUGGCCCCAAUUUGGACCCAAUGAAUUAAAACAUAAGAGCUCUCUCAUCUAAAUAAGGCCCUUGUAGGACCUGGUUGUUUGACCAGUUUUGGAAACUGCUCCUAAGAAAUACUGCCAUCAUGGUAGCUUUCUGCAUACAUGUCAGCAUCACAGAGGUGUCCCAGCACUGGAAAUCAGGGCUUCUUUAUUAUGUGGAGGCCCUGUCUGAGGUAAGGAGGUCCUGUUUUAUAGUAUCAUGUCUGGCUAAGUAAUUCUUCUCCAUCAACCAAUCUCCCUCUCUAAAACCUGCUAUCUAUCCAAAUCUCCCCAGCGUAUCCCCAGGGUCUUGCUACCCCUGGGACUUCAGGAAGUGGAUCAAGGGCUGAAAGAGGUCCUGGGGAAUGUCAGAAUCUGAGAUCCCAAGGGGGCCAUGUGUGUCAACAGGCCUGGACUGUUUUCAUCUGCACAUGUAUGGAUGUGUGUCUGUAUGAAAACUGACAGACAUAUGCCUGAAAUUCUCACAUCUUUCUGCACACCUGCUUCUCCAUCUGUGCCCAGAUCUCUCCCCUCUCUGAAAAGCAUCAGUUCUGAGUGGCUCCAGAGAUAGGGGAGGAGGCUGGGUGCUUCGCCAUGCGUGAAAGGUCCACAGGGGCCCUGAGCAGUGGGACACUGGAGCGCCACAAGUUUUUGGGCAUGAGCAUGAUUUUCCACUGUGCAGGUCUUUGAUCAUAUGGCAUCCCUGCCCUCUACCCCAGUCCUUGAUUGGUCACAGUGGCCCCCACCCAAAGUCUUCACCACAACACAUGUCUCCUAUUCUUUUUAGCUAUGAUAGCUUUUGGAUAUCUUGGCUGUUUACUUAUGUUACUGCAGCAAAGUCACUAAGAGAAAUGCCUCCAGCCUAGACUCCCUGGAUUUAAAUCCAGUCUCCACUACAUUGCAACUGUGUAGCCCUAGGUAAGGGUUGUAUACUUUCUGUGGUAUGAGUAAGAUAAUAUCAGUAUUCACCUCAGAGGAUUAGAUAAACUGAUACAAGUGAAACAAUCAUGACCUCCAAUAAUGCCACCAAAGCAUGAGCCCUGUUGCUGCAAUUAUGAUAGGACUAUGGUAUUCAUCUCUGCACCCCAGUACCUGCCAAUGCAGGAAACCACAGACACAAGCAAUCAAUAACUGUUCAGCAAAUGAAUGCAUCCAGUGAACAAAUCUGAGUUGUCUCCCUAAGUGUAGGACCUAACUCCUUCCUCUGAAGUUUAACACCGUUCUAAGAUGGAUCUACAAGAGAAGCAGCAAAAUUCAUGUUCUGAGGAAAGUGGCUGCACCAGCUAGUCUGCAGGGGUCUCCUGGCCUCCUGCUGUGCUGUGGCCUCGUGCUGCCCUUUGUUGGUUAUCUCUGAGGCAAGGCCAGCAAACCCAGACAGCCUUUACCUGCUGCUUGAGACGCUCCUGCUCCUUCUCUUCACCUUUGCCUGGUUAUUAUACUUAUUUCAACCAGUUGUGCCUCCAGUUUUCAGAGUCAUAUACACAGGCAAGGUCCCUCUAGGUACCUACAGGUAUCUAGCAUGCUGGACCCCAAUAGUCCUCGCUGUACAGAAGACCAAGGCUCUAAUAGUACUCAGUGUUCCCCAUCUGUUUCCUUUCCGAACUAAAAGAUGAACUCUUCAGGGCACGACUGGUAUACCCCCUCCAGCUUGCUCCCAGAUUCACUCACAGAUUCCUGUCCAGGUUGACUUCUGAAUCACCUUAAACUAAGGGUCUCCUCACUGCUCUGGGGCUGGACUGGGGGGCUUCCCCUGGGGUCCUGUGUGUAUCUUUGAAGUAUAUAGUUUUCUUUACUCAGCACUUCUGGACUUUUCCCUGAAUCAGAUUCUUUCUGAGCUCAAAACGUUUAUUUGUGCUUUUGUGAUGACCACACAACCUUGCAAUAAUGCAGACGGCCUCAGGCUAUAGAUCUGUAACUGAGGACACUUUAGGGGUGCUGUCAGUCUCCUGGGACCACCAGCACAGAAUACAGUACACAGAGGGCGGAUAUUACCAAAGGUCUCUAGAAGAUAUAACAUUGUUCUACCUGCUGUAACUCUGGAACAAAGUCCUUGCUUCUUGUCCCAAGAGUCUAGUGGUGGAAGCAUCAGGAUUCUUGCAGAGGCCUUAGGAAGGACUCAUUGAUGUGACUCUAGGGCUUUCCUCUUAUGCUGUCCCUGUGGUCCUGCAAGUCAGUGCCCUCUUAAACACUGCACUUAAGGAUGGUGAAUACUUUCUUUCCUCAUGUUGAUGGCAGAUGCAGGUAACUGAUGUGGGGGAAAGAAACUCCCAAUCUGCUAGAUGUCUUGUAUGAAUUCAUUUCUCCAAAAUUAGACAAUGAAUUCUAGGUAAAUGGAGGUUAAAAGCAGAAUAUACUUAUAGGGAAAAGAAAGCUUCUGUCAGAAAGAGACAGAAGGAAUCCCAAGUGGGUUGCAAAGGAAUUACAUUUUUUAGGGAUUUUUAUAGGGGAGGUGUCUGCUUCCCCCAUGGUUGCAAUGUAUUUCCUCUUCUGCACUUUGUCCUUCGAGGCCCUGGCUUUGUCUGACUGUCUAUAGUAUUUCUACUUAACUUAACACUGUCCCUUUCUUUUCCCAUGUUGAUGGCAGACAAAGGUCACCAGCUACUCCAUUGACUGCCUGGUUAAGACCCUGCAAGCUAUUAAACUCCAAAGACAUUACCAGGGGAUAUGAGAUGAUGGAUGGGAAAGCACUCAGGUAGUUCUGUUCAGUGUUCCUGAAAUAUCCAACUUUCUGUUUCUGUAAGAACCUGUGGCCAUAACAACUACAAAGUUAGUACCAGUUGCCAGUGAGACCUCAUUCUCAGUGAGAACAUCCUUGGGUGGGGGGAUUCCUUGGCUGAGCUGUGCUGACUCUUCCCUUGCAUCUGGAAGUAGAUCCUGGGCCAUCUUUCCUAUUCUGGAGGACUCUGGUCUCAAACACUCCCAGAGAAGGAGUCAGGAGAAAUGAUGUGUGUGCAGCUAAGUUAGAUAAAAGUGUUAUAGGCAGUUGUAGAGCCAGUGCACAAGACAAGAUACCUUAUAACUAUGGAAGGGGCAGGCAUAUCAGUCAUGGGCCAGACCCGAACAAUGAAAUGCACCCACAUACUUCCCUCAAGUAUGAACAACAACAAUUGAUGUUCUAAACAGGUAUCAUGGAUCACUUUGAGGAAAUUGGAAAGAGUUACUAACCCAACGCCCUCCAGGAAAUGUCUCCUUCUGUUUCACACCCACUAGCUUUGUGACUUGCUUCCCCAUUUGAUCCCAAUUUAAUCAAUUUUACCCUAGCAAUUACUAAUCAUAGUUUUGUCUCGUCUCAUGCCCACCUUGUGAUUUCCCAUUUUUCCCCACCUUGGGCCUGCUUCACAUUGUGAAUUUCUCUAUAAAAACCCCUACAAAAGGCAGGGUCUUCUCACACAGACACUUUCCCCCAAUAAAUAUAUUCUACUCUGAACCUCCAUUGUUCCUAAAAUUCACUCUUAGAUUUUAGAGAACACAAACUUGUGCCAGAUAUCUAUCAGGGUAGCAGUUUCUUUCCCCUGUACAAUCAUUAUUUUCAAUGUUGAGGAUCAAAUCUCUGGCCACAUCCAUUGUUAUGGCUUGUAUCUAGAUGUCCCUUCAGAGCUUCAUAUGGUCAUGGGAGGUGGGUUUGUUGGGGUGGCUUAAUCUAGAGUUUGUGAUUGAUUUGUGAUCUAGUGCUGAGAUUAAGGAUGUAAGUGCUACACCUUCCCUAGGGCAGAUAGCCUACAUACUGAAGGGAGGAAAGAGACUCGUUCUCCCUCCUCUCUUGUUAUCUUCUUCCAACCUAAACAGUUGCCCCUGUGCCAUGUUACCCUGUAUUGGAGCCAAUUGAUUAUGGACUGAAACCUCAGCAAACAGUUAGCUAAAUAAACGUUUCCUCCUUA